AUGGUUGCCGGAAAGGUAAAAGUGGCAAUGGGAUUGCAAAGAUCACCGGCGAACUCAAAGCCAAAGCCGGAUUCAUCUCCUAAACCGCCGUUGUUAUCCGUAUCAGGUUCAGGAAAGCAGCAGCAACAACCACAGAAGGUAUCAAGCACCGGCUUGUCACGCUCCUUUGGCGUUUACUUUCCACGCUCAUCCUCCCAGGUCCAGCCUCGCCCACCGGAUGUAACAGAGCUUCUUCGCCUUGUGGAAGAGUUACGUGAACGAGAAUCCCUCUUGAAAACAGAACUCUUGGAGCAGAAGCUUCUCAGAGCUUCUGCCGCCAUUGUCCCAGUUCUUGAAAAUGAGAUUUCAAUUAAAGAUUCAGAAAUUGAACGCUCCAAGAAAAAGAUUCUAUGUUUAGAAGCAGAGAAUGAUACACUCAGACAAGAGGUUGAGGUUUUACACACAGAAUUAUCAAAACAAAAUCAGAAGUACGAGGAAAAAAUAAAGGCGAUGCAGGUCGAAUUAUCUGAUAUCAAGAAAUCCUUUGAAGAGAGACAACGAGAGGAAGAGACGUCAUCUUCAUCUUCUACUCCGAGACUUAACGAUGUAACCAACAAUUAUAAAUCUAGUACUGCAACGAAAACUUUUAGGAAAUGUGCGACCCAAAAUUUCAUUGUAGGGAAUUUUGAAAGUGGUUUUUCUGGUAAUGUAAGGUCUGAAAGUGAGGAAAAGAAAGAGGAUACAGUAGGGGUAGUGACAAUUGAAAAGCCACGACACGCUCGUUGUAAUUCUGAAGAAAUUGUUGGGACUUGUGAUGGGAUAAUGGGGAUAAGAUCCCGGGCUCCUCGCGUACCUAAGCCACCUCCUAAGCCAUCGGCAUCGUUUUCAUCAUCUUCAUCGUCUACAUUAUCAUCUUCUCUGUCUUCCCCUUCGUAUGGUUCUUUUUCGGAUUCUGCCGAGAGGGCAUUCGCUGAAAUUUCAAACAUUUCGCCUCCUCCUCCUCCGCAAGUAAAAGUGGCUGCUACACCUCCUCCGCCCCCGCCUCCGCCUAGGUCCAAGGGGGCACCACCACCUCCUCCGCCCCCUCCCCAGCCCAAAGGGCUGAAACCGGUGCCUGCAAAGGUUAGGAGGGUGCCUGAGGUGGUAGAGUUUUACCACUCAUUAAUGCGGAGGGAUUCAAAUUCAAGACGUGAAUCCGGCGGAGGCGGUGCCGAUGCUCUGGCAGCGGGAACUACAGCCAAAGAUAUGAUAGGGGAGAUUGAGAACCGUUCAGCACAUUUACUAGCGAUUAAGACUGAUGUGGAAACUCAGGGAGAUUUCAUUAGAUUCUUGAUUAAAGAAGUUGAAGGUGCUGCAUUCACAGACAUUGAGGAUGUUGUUCCUUUUGUUAAAUGGCUGGAUGAUGAGCUCUCCUACCUGGUUGAUGAAAGGGCAGUGUUGAAGCACUUCGAUUGGCCUGAGCAGAAGGCAGACACGUUAAGAGAAGCGGCAUUUGGAUAUUGCGACUUGAAGAAGCUGGAGUCUGAAGCCUCGUCCUUUCGUGAUGAUCCUAGACAGCCUUGUGGUGUUGCUCUCAAGAAGAUGCAGGCAUUGUUUGAGAAAUUGGAGCACGGAGUUUAUAAUUUGUCGAGGAUGAGAGAAUCAGCUGCGCAACGAUACAAAGCGUUUCAUAUUCCAAUGGAUUGGAUGCUAGACAAGGGAUGUCUAAGUCAGAUCAAGUUGGCAUCUGGGAAACUGGCAAUGAAGCACAUGAAGAGGGUCUCUGCAGAGCUCGAAAUGGUUGGAGGUGGUCCCGAAGAAGAAGACCUUAUCGUCCAAGGUGUUAAAUUUGCAUUUCGAGUACAUCAGUUUGCAGGCGGGUUCGAUGUGGAAACAAUGAGAGCAUUUCAGGAGCUGAGGGACAAAGCGAGAUCAUGCAAUGUACAAUGCCAAAAUCAGCAGCAACAGAAACUUAUUUGCAGGUCUUCUACAGCCUGCUAA